GAAUAUUCUGUGGUUUUGUUUUUUGUUCGCGCUGCCGUGGGGUUACGUUUUCCGAAUUUGGUUAUUUUUCAAUGAAAUAAUGUUGUUUUAAUACUUUUUUCCAAAUUUUCAAUAGAGAAAAGUUGUUUUAUUCACUAUGGCUGUUCUGGGAAGCAAAGGUUGGAAUUACGUUUCAGGCGUUCCCGAGACAGAAGACCAACAGAGGCUUAGAUUCCAAGUUGAGCUGGAAUUUGUUCAGUGUCUCGGAAAUCCAAACUACUUGAACUUUCUGGCCCAGCGAGGUUACUUUAAAGACACCACGUUUAUCAACUAUUUAAAAUAUUUAUUGUAUUGGAAGGAGCCUGACUACGCUAAGUACUUGAAGUAUCCAAUGUGUUUAUACUUUCUGGACCUGUUGCAAUAUGAACAUUUUCGUCGAGAAUUAGUCAAUGCACAAUGCACGAAAUUCAUAGAUGACCAACAGAUUUUGUUGUGGCAACAUUAUACGCGACGUAGAAGUCGACUAUUGACUACUUCUUCAACAAAUGGUUCUAACUCUGAUCAGAAUGUAAACAUGCCUCAUGGAGCUCAAGCAAAUGGACAUGUGAACUCAAAAAUGUCAUAAGUGUUGUGAUUUUAUGUGAAACUGUUAUGUGUUAUGUGUAUUUUUUUGUUCUUUCUCUAGAAAUUUUUUGUUAAGAUUUUAAUGUCAAAACUGUAAACAGCGAUUCCUGACCAUUGAUAAUUAUAUGCAAGCAAAUAUACAACUCCUU